CUCCGCUCUGUGUGGAGAAGUGCGUCGCCGGGGUCUCAGGGCAGCUCUGGGAGAUCUUGGGCCUGGGCCCAGAGAUCCGUUGUCGUGAUUUUGUCAAGGCGGGGUCCCCGGAAGCCUCGACCCAUUCCCCAGGACCGGUUUUUCAUGCCGAGUCGUUUUUUGAGGGUCCCGGGGCCCGGCGAGGGCCGCUAGAUGCCGAAACUCGAGAAAAAACCUCCGUCUUGAUUUUUUCAAUGCGUUGGAGGUCUGGGGGGCGCUCCUGUCAACGCCCGGACCUCGUGCGGGAAGCGAACCUUGCCCUCGGCGGCGGAAGGGACGUCCACGGGGACGAUGACGCCGUCUGCCAGCAGCUCUGCGACCACAUCCCGCCCGGGAAGAGGGCCGAGCUCGUGGAGAGCGUCCGACGCUUCGCCGCGGGCGACGACGCGGCGCUGCGGUUCCCGCCCACGCUGAGCAACCUGGAGACCAGGGGAGAAAAGCUGGUCCACAGGGAAGCGGAGGCGCACGGCCUUCACCACGAGAGCUCUGGCGCGGGGGCGAAGCGGCGCAUCCAGGUGUCUCGCCGCGCGGGGGACAGCAAGCCGCCCGCGGCUGCGCUCGUAGGGCAAGAGGCCCCCCCUCGGGGGAGGCCGCCGGCGCGCUUGCCCGCCGGCGAAGCCGGGGCGCGCUGCCCCUGCAGGCGCGGCGCGCAGAGGGCGGCUCGCCUGGCCGCUUCCCGCCGCACUCGGCGUGCGCGCUUCUCUUUCCUCUAUUACCAACCCCCGCUCGUCCUCUUCCUGUCUACGCCUUCGGAGGCGCCGCAGUACCGGCCAGCAGCGUCCGCUAUUGCUAGUGUCGCGCCGCCGGUUCCAGCCCGCGACGCUUCGGCGCGACACGCGAACCGCGUCCCAGUCCCCAGACAGCAGCGUCCUGAGCC